ACUCCCACGACCUUUAAGAGAAAAUAAUUGAGAAUAUAUUUGUUGGGCCUAUAAAUGUUGAGCUAUGUUCUUAAUUGCAAGAAUACUGAGAAAAAGAUACAAGCUUCGUCUUCAAAGGUGUUCUUGGCGUGGCUGAUGGAGAUUGCAAGUAUCAGGAGCUUAGAAGAAUUGGGAAUGGAUGAGACUGGUUUUCUACACCAUUGGCCUGUAAAUUCACUCGAUGAUCUCAGCACAGUGUCGAUUUCUGCUGCAAUUGGUGAAGGUUCUUACCAGUCUUUCUCCCAACAAAUACUGAAUUCCAAAAGGGCUGCAGAAUUUACUCAUUCCCCGAAACAGCUCAAGAAAAACACUUGGCCUAAUCCCUUAAACAAUCUCAAUUCAAUGAAUUCCAAUUUCACCAAUCAAAUAGGAAUGGUGAAGCCUAAAGAGGAGACAUGGCCUUCUUCUUGUACUCUAAAUUUCCCCAAUGUUUCUGUUUUUUCUCAAGCUUCGUGUGGGACUGGAAAUCACGUUGUAAAGGCUUGUCCGGGGAAUAAGAGAAUUAGCACAAAUGAUAGACUUUCUCGUGGACAGGAUCAUAUUAUAGCUGAGAGAAAGAGGAGAGAAACACUCAGCCUGAGAUUCAUAGCUUUGUCCGCCCUAGUCCCUGGAUUGAAAAGGAUGGACAAGGCAUCGAUUCUUGGUGACGCUAUUAAGUACAUGAAAGAACUACAAGAUCGAGUGAAGACUCUUGAGGAGCAAUCAAGGAAGAAGAAAUCCAUGGAAUCUGUGGUUUUUGUCAAGAGAUAUGAGAUUUAUACUAACAAUGAAAAAUCUCCCUCGGAUGAGAACUUUAUUGAUGAGCCACUUCCAGAAAUAGAAGCAAGAUUUUCUGAUAAAGAUGUCCUUAUAAGAAUCCACAGUGAGAAAAGGAAAGGGAUUUUUGAAAAAACGAUUGCUGAAAUUGAGAAGCUCCAUCUCUCAGUUGUUAAUAGCAGUGCCAUGACUUUUGGAGAUUCUGUUCUUGACAUUACUAUAGUUGCUAAGAUGGAUGAAGUAUACAACAUGUCAGCAAAGGAUUUUGUGAAGAAUUUACGCGCAGCGCUCAAAAUGUUCAUCUGAAAUUGAUGAAGUUCCUCGUUGAAGCCAUAGUUAAACUUUGUUUUGCCAAUUAUCUGGCUAUCAAAAGCCUGUUUUUAGACUUCCACCAUCUCAUACCAUUUCUUGAAGCUUAUUUUGCUGUGGGGUUUAAUUUAAAGGAGGGUUUUUCAGAUUUUUUUUCGUGGCUGAUUAUUGUUGAUUUGCCAUGUUCUUUACCCUCCUGUUUGUAAAGAAAAAUGACCCCAUAGCUUUGUUUUGCUUUUUAAU